AUUCAAUUAUAACCGUUAUGACAUAUGGUUUUAUAUAUAGAGAACCAGAGGUGGUAGACAACAUAAAUCAUUUGCACUAAAGGUCGGUGCAGUAGCCAGUAGGCAGUAGCCUGACAUCGUUGUUUAACAAUUUGCAUAUGGUUGUGAAUGGAUGGUAAUAAUAAUAAUAAUAAGCAUCAAGGUGGUGAAGUGAGCAUGAUGGAGAAGAAAACAGAAGUGGUGGUGGCGAUUUCAAAUGUGGGUGGAGAUACCCAUCACCAUGGCCAAGAUCAUGAUCAUGAGUUGAAAGGAGUUGAAUCUUCACCUCGCUAUUCUACAAAGUCACCACCUUUAAACUGUGCUUCCCCUGAAAUAAGGUUCAUCCCUAGCCCAAAUAAGCCCCCAAAGGUUCCUGCUACAAAUGAAAGCCUUACCCCAAGAAAAACUCUUGUUAGAUCAGUGUUCUCUAAGCCCAAAUCAAGAUUUGGUGAACAACCUUACCCUAUUGAUGGAACCCUUUUAGAAGAGAAUGUUACUUCUUCAAAUUUGCAAGAUCAGAUAGCUGUUACUUCACCAUAUAAAGCAUCACGUUCACCGAAUAACAAACAUGGAACAGUUUAUAGAACCGUUUCGAUUACUUCUGUCGUCACUCCUAGAACACCUUUGAUGACAUCUCCAGGUCCUGCUGGCGAGGAUCCUGAUGAAAUCAUUUACAAGAAAGUUGAAUUUAGUAAAGGCAAGCGUAAGAGACUAACUACUAAGGUUUUGAUCGAGUUGUUCGUGUUUGUGUGCAUCACGGGUAGCUUGUUGGCUAGUUUAACAGUUGAGGAACUAAAAAGGACGGAGAUUUGGAGUUUGGGGCUUUGGAGGUGGUGUAUGCUUGUGAUGGUGACAUUUUGUGGCAUGUUAGUUACCAAAUGGUUCACGCACAUUGUGGUUUUCUUGAUUGAAAUGAACUUUUUAUUGAAGAAAAAGGUGCUUUAUUUUGUUCAUGGACUGAAGAAAUGUAUCCAGGUUUUCACUUGGAUUGCUUUGGUUCUCCUCACUUGGGUGCUUUUAAUCAAUCGUGGAGUCCAGCGAUCUAAAUUGGCCACGAAGAUUUUGGAUGGUGUAACAUGGACUCUUGUUUCCCUUCUCAUUGGAACAUUUUUGUGGGUCAUAAAGACAUUGUUGCUAAAGAUUUUGGCAUCGAGUUUCCAUGUCAAAUCUUUCUUUGAUCGAAUUCAAGAAUCGAUCUUCCAUCAAUAUGUUCUGCAGACUCUCUCUGGGCCUCCACUAAUGGAAGAGGCUGAGAAAGUCGGCGGAUCUCAAAGCACUUCCCAUUUUAGUUUCAGGAGUACAACCAGUAAAGGUAGCACAAAGAAAGAGGUUAUUGAUAUGGCAAAGCUUCACAAGAUGAAGCAAGAGAAAGUUUCUUCAUGGACUAUGAAGAUUUUGGUAGAUGCAGUGAUGAACUCAAGGCUGUCCACAAUCUCUAACUCUCUAGAUGAAAGUUUUUAUGAUGUAGAAAACGAACAGAAUGAUAAAGAAAUUACUAAUGAGAUGGAAGCAACUGCUGCUGCCUAUUACGUUUUCAGGAAUGUUGCUGCUUCCCCUAGCUGCAAGGACAUCGACGAGGAUGAACUCCGUAGGUUCUUGAUUAAGGAAGAAGUUCCUUUGGUAUUUCCCCUACUAGCACAGGCAGAAACAGGGCUGAUUACUAGAAAAUCUUUAGCAGCUUGGGUGUUGAAGGUAUAUCAAGAACGUAGAGCACUCGCACAUGCCUUAAGUGACACUAAAACAGCGGUUAAACAAUUAAACAAGCUUGUUACAGGGGUCCUAGUAGUGGUGACCAUAGUAGUGUGGCUUCUUCUAAUGGAGAUUGCAACAACAAAAGUACUUGUAUUCCUCUCAUCACAGCUAGUACUUGCGGCUUUCAUGUUUGGAAACACGUGCAAGAAUAUAUUUGAAGCCAUCAUCUUCGUGUUUGUAAUGCAUCCAUUUGAUGUUGGCGAUCGAUGUUUUAUAGAUGGUGUUGAGCUAUUGGUUGAAGAAAUGAACAUACUGACAACAGUAUUCUUGAAACUUAAUAAUGAAAAGGUGUAUUAUCCAAACUCUGUCCUAGCCAUAAAACCGAUCAGCAAUUAUUACAGAAGCCCUAAUAUGGGUGACAGUGUAGAGUUCUCAGUUGAUUUUACAACGUCAGCAGAGAAAAUCGGAUCACUGAAUGAAAAAAUAAAGAGGUAUUUGGAGAGGAAUCCACAAUACUGGCAUCCUAGUUUCAGUUUGGCAGUGAAGGAGAUUGAAAAUGUAAAUAAGAUUAAGAUGGGUCUUUAUGUUACUCACACAAUGAACUUUCAAGAAUUUGGGGAGAAGACUAAGCGGAGAAGUGAAUUAGUGAUGGAAGUAAAGAAAAUAUUUGAAGAGCUCAAUAUCAGAUACUACCUUAUUCCGCAAGGUGUUCAUCUCAGACACAUGGAACCUGAUUCAAGUUAUCUCAAGUGAUGAUUCUUACUCAUUACUAUGAAACUUCAUGUAUUUGUUCCUUUUGUUUCUUUGGUCUGUCAAAAUUAUCUCAGAGACAUCGGUUCUUUACAUGAAUCAUGAUUGUUGGGAGUGGUUCUAUAUAGUGAAAGUAAAAGGCCUUAACAGGCUAUGUUAGCAAUAUUUUUACAUAUGAUUAUUAAAUUAUGUAUUCAGGACUCUUAGGUCUUCUGUACCAACCUUGAAGUGGAUCCAAUGUAAAAUUCCGCCUCUCAAGUGAUGAUUACUCAUUACUAUGAAACUUAAUCCAAUGUACUAGUCUUCCGAUAA